AUGAUUCAACAAGAUUUAAUUGCUUCGGAACAAGAAAAUAACCAAGACAAGAUUGAACACGAAGCACCAUCUAAUAAUUCGGUCACAAAUUUUGGAUUGGAAUGUCUGGGAAGGGAUUAUUACAUUUCGGAAAAGUAUUGCAAAAUCAAUGAAGCAAACAAUAAUUCGGAGAAGAAGAUUAUCGAUUGGAAAUCCAUUCCUAAAUUCGAGAAGAAACCCAAACUCGACUACUUUUACAUUCUAAAGGAAAUGGAAGAUUUUGUAGAGGAAUUAGAUGAAAAGUGUUCGUUAGAAUUCAGCUGCAAAUUGGAACAAUUUUCAACUCACAUCAACAUGAUUCAAAAAGGACUUGAACGAAUCAUUCGAACAAUGAAUGAUUUCUUCUCUUUGCAUUCCAAUUAUAAGAGGGGAGAUUUGGAAAAGACUUUUAAUAAUUUAAUUCUCAUUCUCACUUCACUCACUGACCUCACCAAGGACUAUAUGAGUGAGAGAAUGAAGAGUGAUCUGAUUGUUUCAAAAUAUGGUGAGAUGGCUUCUAGAAACACUGUAGAUUCUGAACAAUUACAAGAAUCCACUCACUUUCAAUUAAUUUCCAACAUUUUACAAGAACAAGUAUUAUCUCUUCAAUCGAAAAUUAUGCAAUAUGGAUUUGGUGUUUUUGUUGGUGUUGAUUCGAUUUAUAGUACAUACAAGGUUCAAUUUGAUAGAUUGAUGAGGUUUUUUACUUCGGAAGAGAUUUUACCUGAUGAGAGUUGGGAUUCUUCAUGUUUUGUUGAUAAAAAGACUUUGGAAAUGCUCAAAUACUUGUUUAACAAGUAUUCACAUGGAAAGGAUGUCAUGUCUAUUGAAGAGUUGAGAGAAUUCUUCAGUCAAGAGCAACAGGAUGAAUUGCCCAAUAAUAUUAAUCGAGAUUCCAUUGAUUUUCAACAAUUUAUAUCAAUUUUACUGACCACUUCAUUCAUGAAACUGGAAGAGUUUGAAGAUGACUUACCGUUGUCAGAUUAUUUAAUUUCCUCCUCUCACAAUACCUAUCUGGAGGGAAAUCAGCUUACUAGUGAAAGUUCUAAAAAGGCCUAUAUUGAUUGCCUUAAAGCUAAUUGUAGAUGUAUCGAAAUUGAUUGUUGGGAUGGUCCUAAUGGAGAACCAAUAGUCUAUCAUGGUUGGACUCUCACCUCAAAGAUUACACUCAAGGAAGCACUUGAAGGAAUCAAACAAUAUUCAUUCCACACAACUGACUAUCCUCUCAUCAUCUCAUUGGAAAUUCAUUGUAAUUUUGAUCAACAGAAAAAAAUUGCACAACAUUUGAAAGAUGCAUUUGGUGAGAAGAUUAUUGCUCCAUCAGAAUUGAGUAAUACUGAGCAACUUCCAAAACUUUCUGAAUGUAGAGGAAAGGUCUUACUUCAGGGAGAGUUGGCAAAGUUGGAAAACAAAUUGAGACAAGUUGAGGUGGAUAUUGUUUCUGAUAUAUUUUUCGAAAAGAAUAUUUCACACAAUGAAUUUGAUCCUCCAGAACUUGUAUGGGCCAGAAAUGUCAUUCCAAACAUUAAUAUAGAUGAAAAGUUUGUUGUGGAAAAGAUGGACGAAUCAAUGAAGACUCUCGACACAACAUUUCCAACCAUGCAACCUGAUAAGGACAAAAUAGGACAGUGGACUAAGGAGCUGUAUGACCUCUUAUUUUUUAAAUCUGUGGUCGAUGUACAUCAUGAAUAUCCAGAGGAAACUUCUCAAAUUCACAAAAUGAUUAAUCUCUCAGAAGGAAUGGGACUGACUCAUAUUAUCAAGAAGGGUUCCCAUUUUUUCAAACACAAUGAAACUCUAAUGACUAGAAUUUAUCCAAAAGCUACAAGAGUAUUCUCCACUAACUUUAGUCCAGUAAUGUAUUGGGCUGCAGGUUGUCAGAUUGUAUCUCUCAAUUAUCAAUUUUGUGAUCAAUUUUUGAGAAUUAAUAAUGCUCUCUUCUCAUCCAAUCCAAGUGGAUACGUACCAAAAGCCAAGCUAGACGAAACAACACCAUUCAAAAAUGUUAAAAUUGAAGUAAUUGAUUUCAUUCCAGCCAAGUCAACUCUUCAAAAGGUCAACCAACUUUCCAUUGGAGUUAUUGAAACAGGUUCUUUAUCUGUUUCGAAUAAGAAAAUAUACUCGAACCUUGUCAAGGUAUUGAAAGAUUCAUUGAAUGGGGAGACAGCACUCACUUCCAAGCAAACUAUUAAUGCACCACUGGAUGAUAAGAAAUCUAUCAUUUCAUUUGGACUUUUUAAAAAGAAGAAUCCUCUUAUUAGACCAUUCUCUACAUUGUUUAGAUUGGGUAAUUUUGAAUGUGUUGGAUAUUCAUCUCUACUCACUCAUCAACUUUUGCCAGGAUUCAGAUUCCUUCCUAUGAGAAAUUAUGAAGGUCAAAUCGUUGGUGGAUUUCUUGUACACAUUACAAAGCAAUCAUGA